GCCGUAAAAAACCUAAACAAGCAAAUAGAGUGGAUUUACUGAAGAGAGCAGAAAACGUGUUUAAUAUGAGGAAAGAAAACAUGAGCAUAAUAGACCUGACAGACGACAACAAGAUGGCCUCCGACAAACUCGAUAUGGCGUCCGAAAUCAUCGACCUCUCCUCAACAACAACCGACAAUUUUCAGCCUCUAAAACCUUUCCCCAGUCCUCAGAGAAAUGUCCUACAAGACAUGACAAACCUGCACAGUUCACCUGUUAAGGUCAACUCUUCAAGGUCACAGGUUAAUCCAAGGUCACCUGUGAAGGUCAUCGACCUCGACACCAACUCCACCAUCUUGGAUCAGUCGGUUUCCAAGAUGGCAGCCGAGCGUCCGAGGGCAACCAAUGAGAGGGAAAUGAGUUUUUCGAAUUUGGAAAUUAGCAGUGAUUCGUUCAUGGUGGGACCUCUGUCUAGGAGUACAUCGAUUGAGGAUAUUGCAAAGGCUAUUAAUGAUAGUUGUAACUCUUCGGUGGUUGAUGACCCGGACAACAUAAAACUGCGCUACUGCAUCGGUAGCAUCUGCAACGUCGUGAUCACUCUCUCCAACAGCUCUCUCUCCAACAAUGUGCACUGCUCCAUCUCUCUCAUAGAAGUGCUCAAGAACGGGCAGCUGUGUCCCAAGGCCGUCAAAAUUAUAUUCCCGCCCGAGGUGACGCUUGCUCCCGGGGAAACUAAGAAAGUCGAGAUACAGGUGAUACCAUUUGCGAUUGGAGUAUUGGACAUUGCAAUGCAGGUUGAUGAGGUAGAGGAGAACUCUGAUGAUCUUCGCUCAUUUCUAUGUACAGUUACGUUGAGAAGCGAGAAACCUAGGUUGAUAAUCACCAAAAUCCCCAACGACGAAUACGACAACGCCGAAAUCGACUUCGGACUUCUACCCGAGGAAAGCCUUCGCAAGUCCGUCAUCAGCAUCGAAAACGUAGGCAACGUGAAAGUGCCUCUAAACUUGACAGUCACCGACAACUCUUCGAAAUUCCAAGUGUUCCACCUGCAAGAAACCGACAAAUCCGAGGUAUUCGAGAAACUCGUCAUCCUAGACCCGGGUGAACGACUCGAGGAACCUGUCUACUGUUUCACCCCUCCUCUCGAACAUACAAACCUUUCUCAACCUUCCCGACAAAUCACGGGGGAACUGUGCGUGUCGUUGGCUAGUAUAGUUCGUGAAACCACAAAAUUCGCAAGGUUCCAACUGAAAACAACGGUAGGGUACACUCGGGUGCUCAUAAGUCCCAACUGUAACCCGCUGGUAGUGCCGGCGUAUGAGAAGAGGCCCCUGCUGAUUAGGAACGCGAGUGUACUUCCGGUGACCUUGAACCUGGUGGUGGAGGACGCUGACUUCCGGUUGGAGAGAGAUGUCAUAAGGUUGGAGUCGAAGGAGGAUGGGAAUAUCUUGGUGGAGUAUUCGCCGAUGCAGUUCAAGAAUAAUAUGAAGAAAUCCAGUCGCCUGUGGCUAUGCAUAGACUCGACCGAAACGCGCUACGAGGUGAAAAUGAUCGGCCAGUGCAACUCACUCGACCAAAACCUCAUCUCCAGUUCGACCGGCGGCGACUCGGUCGUGCGACACGACUCAGUCGCGCGACCCAAAUCGGUCGCGUCGAUCAUGACUGCGUCAUCGACUUCGCCGCAAGGCUCCAAGACGGCCACGCCCUAUACCUCAAGGUCAUCAUCGCCUUGCAGCAGUAAUUUGUCUACCGAAAAAGGAUCACUAGAUCUCGCCUCUACACACAGUGCCCUGGUCUGGACCAGCUGCCCUCUGCAGGUUGCUGAACGAAAAGGAUGUGUUCUAAGGAACAAAAACAGUUAUAAAGAGAAGUUGCUGUUAUCUAUUGUCGAUAAUUCCGGUUGCUACAAGGUGAGAAUUUCGAUUAAAUUUAUAAAUUAUUAUCCAUUGCUAUAAGUAUUUUGACAAAUAAG